AUGUCGCAGGAGCCGCCGCCGGCGCCUGCCUUGCCUCCCCGAAGCCCCAUCAUGCACAACUUGGCUCUGGCGGGAGCCGUCAUCACACCGCUGGCCAUGCUACUGCCGCCGAGGAAGAUGGACAUACGCUUCUUCGUGCUGGCCGGGACGUUUUCUCUCGCCACCAACCAGCUCGCCUACGAGUACACCGGGCAGUCGAUAUACGGCCGAUUUGGCAACCGCGUGGGCAGCGUCUUCGACAACAGUCUGCCGGAGGGGGCGAGGAAAACACAACAACUGCUGAGGGAGCAGAGGAAGAAGGAGGCCGCAGAGCAACGGGGGCAGCUGCAAGAGAAGAACAAAACCACCGGCAUGGUCAAGGGUAUCUGGAUGGGAGGCGAGUCGGAGGACUGGCAGGAGAAGCGUGCGGAGGAGCACCGGAGAAGCAUCGAAGAGGGCAAGGGCUUGAGCGGCAUUAUAUUCGAACAGAUUGCGGAUGUGUGGAAUGGCAACUACGGAAAACAGGCGACCAAGAAGGACAACAAGGAAGACGGUGCCUCGCCGAGCAGCGGGCCAGAGAGGAAGUGA